AUGACUAAUUCUAUAGAGAGAAAACCACAUGCUGUGUUGAUUCCAUUUCCAGUUCAAGGCCAUAUCAAUCCAAUGUUGAAACUAGCAAAGCUUCUUCACCUUAGAGGCUUUCACAUAACCUUUGUAAACACUGAAUACAAUCACAAACGCUUGCUCAAAUCUAGAGGUGCUAAUUUCUUUGAUGGUUUCACUGAUUUUACCUUUGAGACUAUACCAGAUGGUUUAACUCCAAUGGAUGGUGAUGUCACUCAAGACAUACCCUCUCUCUUUCAUUCAGUUAUGAACAACAUCCAUAUAUUCUUUGCUGAACUUGUUGCUAGACUUCGUGAAUCUGCCAUUGCUGGUCUUGUUCCACCAAUUACAUGCUUAGUUUCUGAUUGUUACAUGCCAUUUACUAUACAAGCUGCUGAACAACAUUCACUCCCAAUCCUUCUCUUUUGCCCAACAAGUGCAUGCACCUUGUUAUCUGUUUUGCACACUCGCACAUUGAUUGAAAAAGAUCUAAUACCACUCAAAGAUGAGAGUUAUUUGAGAAAUGGAUACUUGGACACCAAAGUAGAUUGUAUUCCAGGAUUGCACAACUUACGACUAAAGGAUCUCUGUGACUUAAUCCUAACAACCGAUCGGAAUGAUAUCAUGUUAGAAUUUUUAAUCCAUGUGGCAGAUAGAGUUCACAGAGCAUCUGCUAUUGUUUUUAACACUUUUAAUGAGCUUGAGAGUGAUGUGCUACAAGCUCUCAGUUCUAUGCUCCCUUCUCUCUAUACCAUUGGGCCAUUACCUUCAUUAUUAAAUAAAACUGGGCCUAAUCAUUUAGCAUCUCUAGAUUCCAAUCUUUGGAAACAAGAUACCAAGUGUCUUGAAUGGCUUGAAUCAAAGGAACCUGAGUCUGUUGUUUAUGUGAAUUUUGGAAGCAUUACUGUUAUGACUCCAGAGCAACUGUUAGAAUUUGCUUGGGGUUUGGCCAACAGCAAGAAACCCUUUUUGUGGAUCAUUAGGCCUGAUCUUGUCACUGGUGGCUCGGUUGUUUUGUCAUCUGAGUUUGUCAAUGAAAUUGUAGAUAGAGGCCUAAUAGCAAGCUGGUGUCCACAAGAGAAAGUGUUGAACCAUCCUUCAAUUAGUGGAUUCUUGACUCAUUGCGGAUGGAACUCGACCACUGAAAGUAUAUGUGCUGGAGUGCCAAUGUUGUGUUGGCCAUUUUUCGCUGAUCAACCAACAAACGGUAGAUUUAUUUGCAAUGAAUGGGAGAUUGGAGCUGAAAUCGAUCCAAACGUGAAGAGAAAUGAGGUGGAGAAGCUAGUGAAUGAGUUGAUGGUGGGAGAGAUGGGAAAGAACAUGAGGCAAAAUGCAAUGGAAUUGAAGAAGAAGGCAGAGGAGAACACUAGUCUAAGAGGUUGUUCUUACAUGAACUUCGAUAAAGUUAUUAAAGAAGUUUUGCUUAAAGAGUACUAA